AUGAAGGUUUUCGCUAUUAUCGUGGUGGCUUCAGCGAUUGGUGCCCAGUGUGCCUCUUCCGCCUCAGCCAGCUCAACUGCUUUAUCAUCUGUUGCAGGACCAACCGGUAAAGCAACUACUACGAGUGCUGCUACGGGGAGGGAAGCUUCUAAGACUACUUCCUCUACCGUUGCGACCACUUCCUCUACCGUUGCGACCACAACCGCAAAGAAAGCAGGCGCAGAACCGAAGGCAACUAUUCCUGGAUCUGCCUUGGUGGCUGUCUUAGCUAUUGGCGCGUAUAUGGCCUGA